AUGGAUACUCUUCUUCCACACCUGGGGCGCCAUGAACACCUUCGGCGUCUUCCAAGCCUACUACGAAAGUGGCAUUCUCUUCCAGCGCUCAUCGUCGGACAUUGCAUGGAUUGGCUCGAUCCAGACAUUCUGCCUGCAGAGCAUGGGGCUGGUCGCGGGCCCGAUUUACGAUCGCGGCGGGUUCAGGGCGUUGAUUGGGGUGGGGAGUCUGGGGAUUGUGGUGAGGUACGUGGUGUUGAGUUUUGUGAGUCAAACUGGACUUUUGUGGAGGAAAUAUCUUUUGCUGAUACGAUUCUUUGA